AUGCCAAAAGUUUUGAUCGCCGGCGCCGGGUUGGUUGGCGCGCUGAACGCAUGCUAUUUCGCGCAAAAGGGAUGGGAUGUCGAGGUGUACGAGUUUCGGCCAGAUAUCCGAAAAAUGGAGCACGUUCCCGGACGGAGUAUCAAUUUGGCGCUCUCCGAUCGGGGGAAAGCCGCUUUAGAGGGAGUGGGGUUGAAGGAAUACAUCGUUCAACAAGGCGUUCCCCUUUAUGGUCGUUUGGUGCACGAUAAAGACGGGAAAACAUUUCAUCGAAUUCCCUAUGGACAGCCCGGUCAACAUAUCGUUUCGAUAAAUCGUCGCCAUCUCAACGAGGUGAUGAUCACGUUGGCUGAGAAGAGCCCGAAUGUGCGUUUCUUCUUCGAACACAAAGUCAAAUCGGUGAAUGUCGAGAAGCAAGAGUUGACUGUGAUUUGCGAUGGAAUCGAAUUGACCCAAAAAGCGGAGCUGAUUCUUGGCUGUGAUGGAGCCUAUUCGGCGGUGCGCCGGAGUCUAGCAGCCUACCCAAGAUUCGACUUUGCUCAAGAAUACAUCGAACAUGGCUAUGUAGAAUUGAACAUUUUGCCGAAAAACAAAGAUUUUGCAUUGGAGCCGAAUGCUUUCCAUUUGUGGCCACGCGGUGACUACACGAUGAUCGCUUUGGCGAAUAGAGACCACACCUUCACCGUCACCAUUUUCGCUCCAUUUCGCGUUUUCGAGGAGCAAAUGUCAAACGACUCGGAUAUCAUCAAGUUUUUUGAGGAGAAUUUCCACGAUGCAUUGGAGCUGAUGGGAAGAGCUCACGUUCUCGAAACUUUCCACCGAGUGCGCCCCCAAUCGCUUGUCUCGAUAAAAUGCAAACCGCAUCACUUUGGCAAAUCGGUGUUGUUAACGGGCGACGCGGCGCAUGCAAUGGUUCCCUUUUAUGGACAAGGCAUGAAUUGUGGUUUCGAGGAUUGCUUAGUCCUCUCGGAGAUCAUCGAUCAACACGCGAAUGAUAUCCCGAAAGCUUUAAGAGUUUACUCCGAAACGCGAGUCAAAGAUGCGCACAAUAUCAUCGAUUUGGCUAUGUACAAUUAUGAGGAGUUGAAAGAUCUUGUCAAUCACACCUCGUACAAGUUGCGUAAGAAGUUGGAUCUCAUCUUGAAUCGGUGGCUUCCCGAAACGUGGAUCCCUUUGUAUUCAAUGGUGACAUUCACGCGAAUACCCUACUCGCAAGUCGUUCAAAAUAGAAAAUGGCAAGAUGAUUUACUGAGACGAGUGCACACUUCUCUAUUCUUGGGUUUUCUCGCGGCCGGCUCAGCUAUCGGAUAUCUUUUGGUGAAAAAAAGGAAUCUAUUA